AUGGUAUACGAUUCGUUGACCGACGCUCCCCACAACCUCAAGGAGUGCAUUGACUGGUUAAUAGCACUCAAGGGAGAUGAUGCUGAAAACAACUUCAAGGCUAUGGGCACCGCAGUUCACAAAUUUCUUGAAGACAAGCCUGUUCCCUCUAAGCACUUGCCAGCUAUAGAGAAUUUUAAACAUAUUUUUAGGGAGUUCCUGAGGCAACAAGAGCUUAAGGACCUGUGGUAUGUAGAAGACAUGCUGGAGAUGAUCAAUGGGCCCAUGAAUAAAAAACCCGAAAUGUUCGCAAAGAUCACUGGCGUUGUAGAAGAAAGCGAUUAUACGAACGCCGUAGAGACGAGAAAUGCAAAGCCUGAAACUAUCGCGAAAAUCAUAGGUGACGUGCUUCAAGCUACUGGGAAGUUCUUAGCUCAUAUCAAAAAUCCUGACCACUAUAACUCUGCUUACAGUUCGAACGCGACGUGGGAUGCAUCAUGCGAAAACGAUCCGGAGGCGUGCGCAGUGGCCUUCGUAGGGAUUGCGUUAAUGUUGUACGCAGGCUUAGAAACUUUGAGGGAUGCGUGUGUGACUGCAUUCUUUAGAUGCCCGCCGUUUCUUGCCUAUAAGCGUAUGCAGGAGGUGUUGAAUGCUUUGGGUUACGUAGAGCCGGAAUGCCGCGCUAACAUGACUAUUUCGGAUGUUGAGUGGGCGUUGAGCGGUGUGGAUAAUGGUCUAUUGAACACUCUUUACAACCUCGCUAGCUUCUGGCAUCUCUAUUGA